AUGCCUCCAUACGAGCAUCAGACGAAGAAACGGCGGCUUGACGCCGACGAUGGCAAAGCCGCCGACGACGGGUUCAAAUCUGGGACGCGGUUCAGGCCGACGAUUGCGAGAGAAUGGACUGUUUCGGUUGCUGUACCGACGAGCGUUAUCACAGAUUGCGUGACUCGAGAGCAGCGGACGACAUAUGCGGGCCGCAUCGCGCGAGCCUUGGCCGUUUUCUCGGUCGACGAGGUUGUCGUCUAUGACGAUACCCUGGUUGACCAGCGUCCGGCGAGAGUUGAUCACGAGGCCUAUACUGGCGACGUCGACCCGGCGCACUUCCUAGAGCACAUUUUGGCCUACCUUGAGACGCCGCCCUUCAUGCGCAAGACGCUCUUUCCCCUUCACCCGAAUCUGAGAUCGCAAGGCCUUUUGCCAAGUCUCGACAUGCCGCAUCACCCCCACAAGGACGAAUGGCUGCCGUACCGAGAGGGCAUGACUCUGGGAAAACGCCCCCAAGACGGAAAGGGAACAAUUGUCGAUAUCGGCAUGAGCAAUCCCGUCACCAUAUCCGAGACGAUUGAGCCCAGGACCCGUCUGACGCUGAAGAUGGUCGACGACGGAACACCCGAGCCCGUACACCCGACCGCACCUCGGACCGAAGUGGGUUAUUUCUGGGGCUACACGGUGCGGAAGGCCACCAGUCUGUCGGAUGUUUUUACCCAAAGUCCAUAUGAGGAUGGUUACGACCUGAGCAUCGGCACGUCUGAGCGCGGGUUACCUCUAUCGAGGGCAUUUCCCGAGCACAAAGAGUUUAACUUUAAUCAUAUGAUCAUCGUGUUUGGCGGGCCUCGGGGCCUUGAGUUUGCCGCCAUGAACGAUGGGGAGCUGGGCGAGCUGGGGAUUGUUGGACCGCGGACCAAAGAGCUGUUUGACCAUUGGGUGAAUGUUCUGCCGAACCAGGGCAGCAGGGGCAUUAGAACCGACGAGGCAAUGUUGAUAGCCUUGACGGGUCUCAGGAGACUGUGGGACACGAGCUAA